AGUCAUUUAGCCACACCCCUUUGUGGGCGGAGUCAGUGCGGUCUGCGCGAGCGUCUCGCACACAAUCACAGCGCUACACUGAAAACUGCUGCAGGAUGGAUCGAGGAUAUUCUUCAGGGUUCUCUGGCUGGGGAGGGUCGGGUGGAGGAGGAUCGUCCAGAGGUUCGGGCGGUUACGACCUGUACGGGUAUAAGGACUCCAUGUCCAGCAGCGGAGGGUUCGGAGGAGGCGGGUACGGAUCCAGCGAUCGGAUGAAGAGAGGACUCUCUGGGGGAUCUCUGCUGUCCUCCAGCGGCUCCAACGCAGACGACGUCAUCGCCAAGAUCAACCAGCGGCUGGACAUGCUGACGCAGCUGGAGGGAGGCAUGAAGAGCGGCGCUCGCGGAGACAGGUUUGCCCAAUACGAGUCUUUCGACUCGCGCUCCACCUCCCUCGGCCCCCGAGAUCUCUACAGAUCCGGUAGCUUUGGUUUCAGCGACUCCCGGGGCGACAUGAUGGCCCAGCGCGGAGGCGUGGGCUUUGGGGUCAUGGGCGGAGCCGGCGGGGGCGGCUUUGAUGGCUCCGCCUUCGGAUCUGCCAAAAUGCGGCUGACUCGAGACUCCGCCUUCUCGGGCUCCGGCUGGGGGGCGGAGCAGAGAUCCCCGCGCAGGAACCGAUCGGCUGGGGGGCGUGGCUUCGGCCGCAGGCAGGACUCCUCCUCCUCCGCCGCUGGCAUGGGGGGAGGAAGUGGGCGGGGCGGAGGCCACCAAGGCCACUCCCCCGCGGGGCGAGGAAAGCUGCCCUCGCUCCUGGCCAAUCGCAUGUACCCCGACAGCGGGGCCUUCCAGUCUCAGCGCGGGCCCCAGGACUUCCCUGCGCGGAACUUUGGAGGGGGCCCGAGGGCCAACCGGCAGCACGGCCGCAAGAGACCCCAGAACCGAGUAAGUACCGCCCGCUCCCUGCAGGGGGCGGGGCUGAGAGAUCAGCGCUCACCCCUGCACAUAGGGUCCAGUCAGGCGCAUUCAUUCCACCAACCCUCAAGGAGAGGCUACCCCAGUCUGACCCAAGUGAAAGCUCAGCGCGACGGGCAGAAGAAGAGGAAACAGACUCUGAGCGCGACCGACGAGCCCGAGUCCAAGAUGGGCAAAACCGAAGCCGCGGGAGAAGCAUCAGCCAGUGACGCUGUCGCGGGAGAACAGACGCAGGAGUCCGAGGAAGCGACCGCUGCCACUGCUGUGGAGUCCAAAACAGAAGAUGGAGGGGAAAGUGCUGCUCCAUCCAAUCAGGACGAGAGUGCCAAGGCCAAGGGGAAGAAGACUCCGCCCUCCGCGGCCAAAGCCAGGAAGAGGAGAGGCUUCUUUGAAAGGUCAGGGGUCAAAGUGUCUGCACACAGGAUGACGUUCGCCUGCUCCGUCUGCAAGUUCCGCUCGUUCUACAGCGAGGACAUGGCCGUCCAUCUGGAGAGCAAGUUCCACAAGGACCACUUCAAGUUCCUGUCCAAUCAGCUGUCCAAGCCCACCACCGACUUCCUGCAGGUGCGGACGCUUCAAGCCAACUCGUACCUGGAGUCCAGUGUGAAUAGGUCACCUGUGAGAUUUGCUUGGAUCCGGGGGGUGGGGGGUCUUAACGAGGCGAGUUAUAAAUCAGUACUCUUAAUAAACUUUAGAAAUAUUGUUUUAUUUGUACAUUUACGAGUUCGGUUUGUCGUUUCGCAGGGUGAAGACCCGUUCAACGGUAACCAGGACGACCAGGAUCCCGAGGACUCCAUGGUGAUGGAGGUUUCUGAGGCCGAUCUCACCAAUGAAAGCCUGAAUGAGAUCAAACAGGAAGAGGAGGGGCCUCUGGCGGAGGGGGCGGAGCCUACAGCCGAAGCGGAUGGAAAUGGGGAGGAGCAUGAAGAGGAGGUGAAGAUGGAGACGGGUGGAGCAGCGGAGGAGGUCGAGGAGGGUGUGGAGGGUGUGGAGGUGGGCGAGGAGGAGGCGGCUGAGCAUGGCGUCGAUGCAGGAGCCGCGGGAGACGCUGAUGCCGCAGCGGCAGAGUAAUCGCCAGGAAAACACCCA